GUCUGUGUACAAUUAUUAACUUCAGUCCUGACGGUGAUAAGGACGAAAGGAAAGAACCAGACAAGAAAGAGAGGAAAGGGACAUGAAAUAAAGACAAUAGAAACGAUAGAGACGAUAGAGGAAGGACAUUGACUCAGCAAAAAAAAAAAGAGGAAGUGAAAACCCGGGUGUGAGAGUUAGUGCAGCUGAAGCUUUGGUAUGACCUGCAGUGUUUAAUACAGACUAUGGAGGAUCCACUGGAGGACCUGGUCCAGGUGAACCCCCAGGUGGACCUGGACCAGGUGGACCGCAGGACCAUUGAACUCAAUGAUGGCAGACAGAUGCCACUGUUGGGUCUGGGAACAUGGAAGUCAUCCCAUCUUCCCCGGACAUCGGUGCAGGGUGCAGUAGAGGCGGCCAUCGCCGCUGGAUACCGCCAUGUAGACUCUGCCCACAGCUACAAAAACGAGGUGGACAUUGGAAAGGCACUGCAGUCCAAGAUACAACAGGGGGUGAUCAGGCGCCAGGACAUGUUCAUGGUCAGUAAGUUGUGGUGUACCCAUCAUGCACCUGAGGACAUCCCUUUGUGCCUCAACCACACUCUGAAGGACCUCCAGCUGGACUACCUGGACCUGUACCUAAUACACUUCCCCGUUGGCCUCCAGAAAGUGGGCGAUGAGCUUUUCCCCAGGAAAGACGGACAGAUUCUGACCUCUGACAUAGACUACGUCGAUGUAUGGAGGGGGAUGGAAGCCUUACAAGCCUCUGGAAAAGUCAAGAGCAUCGGAGUUUCUAACUUCAGUAUUUUACAGUUGGAAAGACUUCUGUCCCUGUGUAGAGUCCCCCCCGCUGUCAACCAGGUGGAGCUUCAUCCAUACCUGGUUCAGACGGACAUGAUUGACUUCUGUAAAUCCAAGAAUAUCGCCCUGACAGCCUUCAGCCCCUUGGGUUCACCUGCCAGACCCCCAGAGCUGGUCAGAGCAGACACAGAUCCUCAUUCGCUGUUGGAUGACCCGGUGGUAGGAGGCGUGGCCAAGAAGCACCGACGCAGCCCUGCACAGGUUCUGCUCAGGUACCAUGUGCAACAGGGGGUUUCAGUCAUCCCCAAAAGCGACAAAUCCCAUCACAUCCUAGAAAACACAAAGAUCUUUGACUUCCAUCUGACUGAAGACGACAUGUCGGCGCUGACGGGUUUGGAUCGAGGCUGGAGGGCUUUGAGGCUCCAUGAGAUCAGAUCUCAUCCCUACUACCCAUUUGAGUGAAUCCACCAACAGAACCAGGACCAACACGAAGCCAGGACCACGUUCAUCUCUGAGCUGCUUACUUCAAAGUCCGCUUCAUUUUCACAUGUGAAUGGAUGCAGUCGGUGAUAUUUGGGCAGGAAUAAACCUUUUUGUAAAUUGCCAAUGACCAGAGAAUCAGAUUUUUAAAAAUGUCAAAUAAAAAGAGACUGAUCUCAUGAUAUUACAUUGUAUGUCACAACAGUUCUU